AUGUCAGACGGAAACGAUAACGCGACGACCACCGCGAGCAACGCGAAGUUCUGUAAAAAGUGCGAUCGUACCGAUGUGCAGGAAGGUAUGGUGUGUUGUGACGUGUGCGAUUCGUGGGUACACUUCCAUUGCGCGGGUGUGAACGAAUCGAUUGCGGAGCCAGAGAAAAGCUGGAAGUGCAGUGAUUGCAUAGCAAACUCGGAGGUUGGAUCGAAGUCGGCUGUGUCGUUCAACGAGUCGUCAGUCAGUAAGAGUAGCCGGGUGUCCCAGAAAUUGCAGCUCAGCUUGCAACUGCUAGAGGAGCAGCGGAAGUUAAAGAAGAAGCGCGCGGAAGAAGAGCUGCGUGCGCGGAAGCAGGAAGAGGAGGCUAAGUUGAAGGAGAUAGAGGAGGAGCAGGAGUACUUGAAAGAAAAGUACAAGUUGAUGGCGCAGAUAGAAGACGAAAAGGAGUCGUGCAGUAGGAAGAGCGGAGUUAGCGUAAAAAGUAAACGCGAACGGAUGGAGAAGUGGAUCGCCAAAGACGUUCAAAGGGACGGAAUUGGACAGUCGAAGCCAUCUAUAUCCGGACAGAAAGCUACCCUACCAGUUGCCGCCGUUAGUAAGGUGAAUCCUGUAACUACUGCGUUGCCAUCGACCACAGUUUGUUCGAUUGUAGGAACCUCCUCCCAGAUGAUUGCGCUGAAUCAGGGUAUGCUGUAUCCGGAUCUAACGAUCCCCGUUCCCGGUGGUAACGUCACAGCUUUGGCGAAGUCAUACGAAGCUUUAGCCGUUACAUCGAUGCCCGGAAGCUCCUCAACCUGUAUAUCUGCGAUCUCAACAGUUCCAGUGGCGGUAGUAGCAACAACUGGUGAAAGUAUAGUAACGUUCGCGGUUGCUGCCCCGAUCGUUUCUACGACGAUAGUGUCGUCUGUACCAGCGGUGCCAAUGAAUCCUACUUCUGCGUUGAUCGGUGUCCAAAAUGUUUCUGGUCAUCUAGGUACGGCACCAGUUUAUUCGAAUUCUGUAAUGAAUGCCAUCUCAGAUGGGUUGAUUCCGGCAAUUCCGUACGGGCCGAGCGUUACUUAUGCUACUACUAGUCAAUUGUCUCAUUUGCCGAAUGCAGACCCGUACUCUUAUUCUGCAACAGGUGUAGUCUCGAAAGCACCUGGGCUGCUUCCACAUGGUUUGACUGGUAGUUUUGUAUCUCAACCGUCGUUGCAAGUACCGAACCCAACUUCGACUUAUAGAGCGCCUAUGUUAUUCGGAUAUCCAUCGUUGUCCUCAAUGGUUGGCAUUGCAAGCGAUCCGAAUGUUCAUUCUGGACAUUCAGCUCCAUUUCAGUAUCCAGGAACGGCAAUUUCGUCUUCAGUAGUUCCAGUAAUACCAGCAGUAGGUGAUGCUAGAACCAAUCCGUCGAUCAGUGGGAUAGGACCAACUAGCGCCCAGUUGGCGGCUAGGCAAGUCAUGCCGCGGGAGUUGCCGAAGUUUAGCGGGGAUCCCGAAGAGUGGCCUAUGUUUUACAGUUCGUUUAAGAACACGACGGAAGUCUGCGGGUACACGGAUGCUGAGAAUUUAGCUCGGCUGCAGCGUAGUUUAGUGGGUGCGGCAUUGGAAGCAGUUAAAAGUCGUCUGCUCUUGCCCGCAUCCGUUCCAUACGUAAUGGCAACGCUACAGAAGCUCUACGGAAGGCCCGAGAUACUGAUCAGUUCAUUGCUGAAGAAGGUCAGGAAUGCUCCUCCGCCGAAGUCGGAAAACCUGAGCAGCAUAGUCGCUUACGGUUUAGUAAUUCAAAAUCUCGUUGAUCACAUUGUCUUGACCGACCAGCAAGCGCACUUGUCCAACCCGAUGCUGCUUCAGGAGUUGAUAGAGAAGCUACCUUCUCCGUUGAAGAUGCAGUGGGCAUCCUUCAAGCAAGGAUUUGUGCACGUCAAUCUGGCGACGUUCAAUGGGUUUAUGUCAGAGUUAGUGAAUCUUGCUGCUGAGUUGUGCGUUGGAGGAGAUUCAGUUCAAAAUUACGCCCAGCAGCCGAAGGUGGAGAAAAAGCACAAGGAAAAGUUGUUCACACACGCGAUUCAGUCGGCGAGUACCGUGAGAAAGGAGAGUUCAGCCGAAGAAUCUAUCUCGAAAGCCUGUUCCUACUGUGGCAAAGACAGCCAUCAGAUCAUCGAUUGCUACAACUUCAAGUCGUUGGACAUUGCAGGUCGGUGGAAGGCAAUGCGGCAGAAGAAUUUGUGCAGAUUGUGCCUGAUACCGCAUCGGAAAUGGCCGUGCCGUUCGAAAAAAGAAUGCGGAGUAGAUGGAUGCCGUAUACACCAUCACAUGCUGUUGCAUAGUAGCCGGAGUGACGCAGCAGACGGCGCGAGAUCUAAUGAAACCGUUCAUCAUAAUCAUCACCAAACGAAGUCGUUUUCCCUGUUUCGGUAUCUACCAGUCACGCUGUAUGGAGAUGGGACGCAAGUCGAAACGUUCGUGUUUUUAGACGACGGAUCGUCAUCGACGUUGCUGGAAGAAGGAAUCGCUGCGCAGUUGGGCAUCGAAGGUACGCCUGACGAUCUUUUGUUGAGUUGGACGGGAAAGAUCAGCAGACACGAGAAGACUUCCAGGCGCUUAAGCGUGAAAAUAUCCGGUUCCAGUGAGAAAAUAUUUCAACUGGGCAACGUGCGGACGGUGCGGGACCUGGGACUUCCCAGUCAAACAAUGAAUUACGCUGAGCUGUCGAAUAAUUUCCCGCAUCUGCAGGGACUUCCAGUGGCAAGUUACGCUAGCGCUAAACCAGGCAUGAUCGUCGGUUUAGAGCAUGUGCAUCUGCUAACCAGUCUGAAGACGCGCGAGGGCCUUAGCAAUGAGCCAGUCGCAACUAAAACUAGGCUGGGGUGGUGCGUAUACGGAAGAAACUCCGGAAAUAAGGAACCUGUUGAACAAUUGCAUGUUCACACCUGCGAAGAAAUGACUAAUAUCGACCUGCACGAGUCAAUGCGGAAGUUUUUCGCCGUGGAGGAUGCCGUGGUGACGAAACAGCUCGAAGCUGAGGAAGACAAGCGAGCACGCAGCAUCCUAGAAUCGACAACGAUACGGAAAGGAGCUCGUAUGGAAACGGGCCUGCUCUGGCGAAGUGAAAAUGUUAACUUCCCCGAUAGCUUCCCAAUGGCAGUUAGCAGGUUGAGAGGUUUGGAGAAACGGCUCGCAAAAGAUCCGGAGUUGCGCAGAAGGGUUAAUGAGCAAAUCGAAAGUUUCGAACAGAAGCAGUAUGUCCGUAAGGUGUCAGCGGAUGAGCUGACUAACAUCAACUCGCAACGAGUGUGGUACCUCCCGUUAGGAGUGGUGACAAAUCCCAAGAAACCGAACAAAAUCCGAAUGGUUUGGGAUGCCGCGGCGAAAGCAGGAGGUGUUUCCUUUAACGACAUGCUGUUGAAAGGUCCGGAUCUCCUCGUUUCACUUGUAGAAGUUCUGUUGCGGUUUAGAGAAGGCAAAUACGCAGUAUGCUCCGAUAUUCGGGAAAUGUUCCUGAGAAUUCUCAUUCGUGAGGCGGAUAAGUGGUCGCAGUGCUUUCUAUGGCGCGCCAAUUCAGAGGAUGAGGUCCAGGUCUACGUGGUCAACGUGGCAAUGUUCGGGGCCACAUGCUCUCCGUGCACGGCACAGUACGUAAAAAACAGAAACGCUUUAGACUAUGCAGAUCUAUACCCCAGGGCAGUAAACGCAAUAAUCAAAGACCACUACGUGGAUGAUUUCCUCAGCAGUGUCGACUCGGUAGAAGAAGCCGUACAGCUUGUCCAACAAGUAAAACGGAUUCACGCCGCAGCAGGGUUUGAGUUCGGGAAAGUUCUGUCCAACUCGCAGGAUGUACUCGAUCUCUUAGGAGAGACUGGAUCACCAGACAGUAAAUCACUGGCCUUCGAAAAGGAAAAGCUACACGAACGCGUUCUAGGUGUGGUGUGGGUACCUGCAGCGGAUCAUUUCACUUUUGAUCAGCCAGAGUUAGAAGAAGCGUUAAACAAUGAAACAGUCCCAACAAAACGGCAAGUUCUACGAACCGUGAUGAAGUUGUACGAUCCGCUGGGAUUUGUCGCGCACUUUGUAGUACAAGGCAAAGUUUUGAUGCAGGAGAUCUGGCGAACAGGUACUGGCUGGGACGAGCCCAUAGCAGAGCAUCUGUAUAAUCUAUGGAGUAGAUGGAUUGCACUGUACGUUGCGAUUGGCGAAGUAAAGGUGCCCCGUUGUUUCUUCGGACCUCUUCGACCAGAGGAAGUGAAUGAAAUUGAACUACAUGUGUUCACGGAUGCGAGCACAGCCGCUUGUUCUUGUGUAGCUUACUUAAGAAUGUCGGGUAAUGAAGGUGCCUGGUCCUCAUUGGUCGCGGCAAAAACAAAAGUAGCGCCGCUGCGAACGCUUUCAAUUCCUCGAUUGGAGCUGCAGGCUGCCAUGAUGGGAGCGCGCUUGAUACAAAAUAUUCGUUUGGCGCUCACCAUCAACAUUCAGAAGCGGUAUUUGUGGACAGACUCAGCUACAGUCUUGGCGUGGCUUCGUUCGGAUAACCGCCGUUAUCAUCAGUUCGUUUCAUUUCGAGUCGGUGAAAUUCUCUCGCUUACCAGCGUGGACGAAUGGUAUUACGUACCAUCGAAGCUCAAUGUGGCUGAUGAUGCCACAAAGUGGAACACCGGACCGUCGUUCGACCCGGAAAAUCGUUGGUUCCAAGGACCGACGUUUCUACGAGAAUCGAAAGAGCGGUGGCCUAAACAAUCAGUAGCGGUUGAUGAAGAAAAUGCUGCAUGCGAAGAACUUCGCAUGGUGGCCGUACACCAGCCGGUAGAACCCAUAGUUAACGUCGAACGUUUCUCGAACUGGAAUCGUCUAGUGCGUGCGAUGGCUUACGUGCACCGAGCAGUGAGAGUCUGGAAGCGAGCUUUGGGCGGAGAUUGUCGGCGGCAGAAUCUGGAUCAGUACGACUUCAUGAAAGCGGAGGUGACUUUAUGGCGCCAGGCUCAAGGGCAGAUGUAUUCGGCAGAGGUUGAUGAGUUGAAACAUGGUCGCAGUGUUGGGAGAAGCAGCUCGCUGCAUUCGCUAGUACCAUUCCUCGACGAAUGUGGUGUUGUUCGGGUAGGAAGUCGGAUUGGAAGUGCACAGCACAUUCCAUAUGCAACGAAAUAUCCUGUAGUUCUUCCCAGGGAUCAUCGUAUCACGUUUCUGUUAGUACAGUCGUUCCACCGACGGUUUUUGCACGCCAACGGCGAAACUGUCUGCAAUGAGCUACGGCAGGAAUUUUACAUACCCAAACUUCGGGUACUCGUGCGGAAAGUGGGAAGAAGCUGUCAGCAUUGUAAGGUCAAGAAAGCAGCCCCUGCCCCACCAUUGAUGGGAUCCUUACCGAGAGUUCGCCUAACACCGUUUAUUCGACCGUUCACGUACGUCGGAGUAGAUUACAUGGGACCCUUCGAAGUAAAAGUCGGGCGCAGCGUGACGAAGAGGUGGAUUUGUCUGUUCACAUGUCUAACGAUACGGGCCAUACAUCUCGAGCUGGCUCACAGUCUUUCGUCGAAAGCUUGCGUCAUGGCAUUCAGAAGAUUUGUUGCCAGACGGGGGGCGCCGUUGCAAGUAUUCUCGGACAAUGGCACAAACUUUGUGGGCGCCAACCGCCAAUUGUCAGAAGAAAAGCAGAAGAUCCAGCGAAUAGUCGAGGACUGUGCAGCUACAUUUACCAACGCAUAUACCCAGUGGCAUUUCAACGUUCCGGCAGCUCCGCACAUGGGAGGACCAUGGGAGCGAAUGGUUAAGUCCGUGAAGGCGGCGAUGAAGGCUGUGUCGGAGAGCCCGCGACUUCUCAGCGAUGAGGUGCUAGAAACGAUUAUGUUGGAGGCUGAAGCGAUUGUAAACUCGCGACCACUGACUUACGUUCCUCUGGAGCCAGCAGACGAUGAAGCUCUCACGCCAAAUCACUUCCUGCUGUACGGAUCGAUCGGUAUCAAGCAACCAGUGACUGGUAUGACUAGCGGAAACGUCCUACGAGACAGCUGGAAGCUAUCGCAGCAGAUCGUGGACAAUUUGUGGCGCAGAUGGGUGCGGGAAUAUCUUCCGACGUUAACGAGGCGCACAAAGUGGUUCGAAGCAGUAAAACCGCUGAAACCGGGCGAUCUAGUCAUAAUCGUCGACGAACAUGCUAGGAAUCAAUGGGAACGAGGGCGUAUACUCGAAAUCUUUCCGGAUAAGUCGGGUCAGGUGAGACGGGCUAUGGUGCAGACAAGUAGAGGAGUGUUCGCUAGGCCUGCCGUAAAGCUGGCGCUGUUGGAUGUGUCGGCCGGUGAAAAUACGGAGGUAGUUGCUUCGGAAACGGAAGUGGUUCACGGGUCGGGGGAUGUCGACGAGCCCCUCGUCACGGAGAAGUGA